AUGUCUCGAUUAACCGAAGACAACAUGGAUGGUGCUGAUUUUGCUUCCACCCAAAUGCAAGGACGGUUAGAAGAGUUUGAUGAAAUCAGUAAAGAAGAAGAUAAUAUGAAAAAAAGGAUUGAGGGAUUGAAGAAGUUUAAGAAUAUAGAUACUACUCUGAAUAACAAGCAAAGUCUUCAGAAUAUGAAUUUUAAAGAUAGAGGUGUCGCUAAACCUAAAAGAAGGGCUAAGCGGGAUAAUAAUCGAAUUAAAAGCUUGACUUCACUAAUGGAAGAGACCUAUAAUAAAGGAAAAUCGUUCCAGGAACUCAAGAAGUCAAACAAGGGGCAAAAGGAUGUUCAAUUAUCAAUAUUUCAGUAUUUUACAGGCCACAAGGAAAAGAUAGGAGAUAUUUUGAAAAGAAUUGAAAGUAUUGAACAAAAGAACGUUGAACAGUCUGACCCUCAUGAUACACAACAUGAAUCAAAAAUCUUAUAUAAUAAGAAUGAAUGGACGGACAUUAUUAAAAAAAUUAGGAUACGGUUUCCAGAAUUGUCUAAUAGAACCAAGAAAAGCCUUAAAUAUAUCACGCAUAAGAUUCAACAAGAUCAAUUUCGGCUAACAUCAGAGAGUCCAAAAAAUAAUAGUAGCAUAUGGUCGCAGGCAUCUGCUCCACCAGAAAAAGAAUUCACAGAUGAAGACUUAAAGUGGUUGUAUGACUUGACUUCCGAACAAAUCAUCAAUGAGAAUACAAUAUUACAAAAUGAUUUAGAAGAGUCUGAUAAUGAAAAUCCGUUUGUGAUGACAUUAUCACAAGUAAUGAACACGUCAAAAUCUGAAGGUACAAUUGAUAGCGAAUCAGAUGUGAUUCUAGAUUCAUCGCCUGAGCCUAGCCCUAUAAAAGUAAAGUCACUUUACAAAAAUGAGUCAAGUAACAAGACUGGCCAUUUAUCAGGACAAAUGAUUCAGGUAAAAAAUUCUAUCUAUGAUCCUGGGUUUAAUGGCAAUGAAAUUUAUUCUCGUCAACAGGAUUCGGUGGAAACCGCAGUGUCAAUUGAAAGUUUCCCAUUCGCUCAAUCGCAUAGAGAAGAAUCAAUUGCGAAAGAUAUGAUCGGAAUAUCAGAUGAUAGAUUCCAAGCGUCUCACUCUAUACACGGUACGCAAGAAAUUCCAAUCGAAGUAAUAUCUAGCUCGAUUGACCAGGACGAAGCAGAUGACAAAAGAAAAGGAGAUUUUACGGCCCAUUAUGAAGAAAAUGACGAAAAAGAAGAAAAAGAAGAAGUCAUCAUAUCAUCCCCCAUAAAGGAUACAGAAGUAUUUAAGACACCAACAAAGAGAACUCCAAGAAGUAAAAAUAUAAUUGCAUCUCCGUUUCAAAUGAAUUAUGAUAGCUCGCCACUUCUGAUACGAUCAAUCAGUGCUACGCCCAGACACGAGACAAUUGUUUCUGAGAAAUCAUCUGCUUAUUCUACAGCCAAAUCAAAAUUCAGAUACUCUUCCGCACAACCAAUUCCCUCGCAAUAUCCAUUCGAAGAUAGCGAAGAAGAAGCUAUAUUCUCUUCCAUACCACCGCGUCAAUUUCAUAAGAAACGUAAAAUAUACCGCACGUCUCGAAUUUUAGUAGACGGAGCGUUAAAUGUAGUUGAAGAAUCGAGUGAAAAUAGUAAGCUUAAGAUCAGAACAAUUGAAACCAAGCGCUUGCCCCUCGAUUCGGAAAACGAAAUAUGUGAUUCUGAAGACGAAGAAGCAAACGAUAACAGUAUAAGCGUUAUUGAAAUUACAAGAGAGAUAGAUGGUACAGAUGAUUUGAUAAAUCUAGGGAAAAAUUCCCGACAUGAACAUGACACUUCAAUAUUGCAAGUACCUUCGAGUCCCCAAGUUGAUAAUUCCAAUGUUCUAGGAUUGUUGCAUGAAUCAGACACAGGUUCCGUAAUUGACUCUGAAAGAAAGCAUCGUGGCCUAAUUCGUUCUGAAGCGUUGGAGGCAUCUGAUGAUGAUUUUCACAAGAUGUCUACAAAAGAUUUGAAAGCAAGAUUUCAUGAAUGGGGAUUAAAGCCAGUCAAAGGAAAAGAAAAAAUGAUUCAGAUUCUUUCCGAGACAAAUAAAUUAAUAGAUCAGAGCCAAUUAAAUGAUGAUCAGGAGAAGCCAAUAACUACAUCACAACAUGCAAUUAAAACAAACAUUUAUAAUAGAAUCAGCGUCCAUUUAAAACAAAAUCAAUACUGGCUUGAUAAAAUAAUGAGUUUUGAACCAAUAAAUCUAUACAAAUUGCAGGAUUGGUUAGCGUCAGGACCAGCAGGGGCCAGGUUAGAAACAGAAAUAUUGGAGAAAUAUUGUGAUGAAUUAGGAAUCGCAUAUACGGAUAUAAAAUGA